AAUCGAGUGCAGUAGUUUAGCACCCUUGAUUUUUUUUAUUUGAAAAACGCAUCUUUAACUUUUCUAGUUAUUAAUAAAAUGAAUAGUACGAGUAAAUUUGGAAAGCUAAUCGGUGUUCUGGAUGUUAGUAAUUCUUUCUGCAAAUUUCUGGUUUAUGCUGUUAAAAACCGUGAAAUACUCACAUGUCACGAGAUUUCCAUAAAUAAAAUCGAAAGUAGUGAUGAGGACGAAUACGAUCCGAUUGAGCUUUGGAAUGCUGUUCAAGAGGCAAUGCGAGUAGCGACAGAAAAUCUCGUAAUACUUGAAAUCGAGCCAAGUGACAUCGUUGCCAUCGGUAUAACAAACCAAAGAGAAACAACAAUUCUCUGGAACAAACGAUCUGGUGAAGUGCUAAAUCCUCUUUGUUCAUCCGACAAUCGACUCAAUAAAAUCCUCGAAAAAAUCCUUUUGCGUACAAAGAACAAGAAAAACUACUUAAGAUCAGUAUGUGGAUUGCCUUUUGACGUUUGUUUUAGUGCAAUCAAAAUCAAAUGGCUGAUGGAGAACAACAAAGCAGUUCAAGACAGCAUAGAUCGGAAUGAAUGUUACUUUGGAAAUCUUGAUUCUUGGAUUUUAUGGAACUUAACGGGUGGUAUAGUGUCGGGCGUUCAUAGAUCGGAUGUAACAAAUUGUUCACGAACAAUGCUAAUGAAUUUAGAAAGCCUCGAAUGGGACAAACGACUGUGCAAGUUUUUCGACAUUCCAAUGAAUAUUUUGCCUCAAAUUCGAAGUUGUUCCGAGAUCUACGGUUACGUUAACAUUCAAGGUUCAACAGUUCUCGAAGGUGUUCCAAUUGCAAGUGUCAUCGGCAACAAUAACAGCGCACUUGUCGGUCAAAUUUGUUUAAAAGCCGCUAAAGUUGAAUGUCAUAUGGAAGAAGAUUGUUCGGUGAUGAUCAACACAGGCCAAGAAAUUAUUUAUUCUGACAAUGAUCUCCUCUCUACUGUCGGCUUUCAACUCGGUCCUAAUGAGAAAGUUCAUUACGCUCUCGAAGGUUUCAUUGGCUCUUCAUGUUCAGCAAUUAAUUGGUUGAAAUCUUCAAUUCUUUCCUCCACCGAAUCCAACAAUAACCACAACUCAUCGCCAGUGUCAACUUUUCAUGGAAUGAGAAACGGUAAUUGCUUCAAAAGCCUACAAGAAAACGACUUGGCAUUCGUUCCUGCAUUGAAGGGACUCUGCGCGCCAAAGUUUCUUUAUCAAGCCAAAGGAUUUCUGUCUGGUCUGACGAUCAACACCACCUCGCAACAACUUCUCACUGCCGCUAAGGAAUCAAUUUGCUUUCAAACGAAAACUAUUGUGGAUUCUAUAAAGAAAGACUGCAAAACAUGGCCAGCUAUAAGUUCGUUAAUCGUUGGUGGUGAAUUCUCGGAGAAUGUCGAUUUUCUUCAAUUGUUAGCAAACAUUUGUUCGGUGACAAUUGAGCGACCGCAAGUUUCGGCACCGACAGGUUUAGGUUGUAUGCUCUCAGCAGCUUUGACAAUGAAAAUUUUAUCAUUAGAUGAAUUUAAAACGACUUGCGUACCACCAGUUGAUAACUUUUAUCCUACGAUUAAUCUCGAUGUGAGUGAAGAGAAAUACAUGAAGUGGUUGACGGCUCUUAAAACAAGCAUUCAAGCGAAUCAUCAAAGUCCACGUGAUGAAGUCAACUCACUUCUUGAGGGAAAAGACGCGACAAAAUUUAUUAUGAACUCGAUUCCUGGCUGUUUGUUCUUGUUCUCUUCAUACGUCAUUUAUGUAUUAUCGCAGCAAUGGCCAUGAAGAUUUGAUGUCGAAUUCAUUCGAUUCAAUUUACCGAUAGUCCUAUUUUAGUUAGCUUAUGAAUUACGCACGGAUGAUUGAAAAAAAAUAUCCAAAAGUCAAGAAAAUAAAUAAAAGAGAAAAAUGUUAGAAAGAAA